AAAUAGCACGUAUAAAAUUGAAUAAACGAAAAGUUAAAAAAUAAAAAGGAGACAUUUAUUUGCCCUUGACCUUGUUGAGUUAGUUGAACCCUUUUCUUCCUUACCGUCUCCCAUUCUUGAAGCCCAUCUCUCUUCCUUCUCCUUCCCACCUCCACCCUUCUAACUAUCUUGCAUUUCUGCUACUUUUCCUAUUUUUUUCUCUACUCUUCUUUCUCUUUCCAUCAAUUUUUCUCUCCGCCAACCUUUUCUCUUUGAGUUAAAAGGCUGCACCACGAAAAGACUCCAGUUUUAAUUUCUUUAUUUUCCAAUUUCCGCAGUUCCGUCUUCUCCAGUUUGUUUCAACUGAAAAUCCUGCUCAAGGCCCAAUUUCCACCUUUCCAGAGUUAAUUUCAUGCUCAUAGUUAGAUUCCCAUUUAUGUGCUGUAUGUCUUAUGGGGUUCUCAGGCUUCUGACCCACAACCCCUUUUUUAUCUGACUUGGUUCAGCAGAUCUUCAUGGCUUCAAGAUUUCCUGAGUGUCUUGUGGCUUAGAGAUAGCUUUAUAUCUCUGAGUUUUGGGUCUUGAGGCGUUCUACGCUGGUCAACCUUGGCUUUGAUUUCUUUCUAACAUUUGGGGCUUUUUGUUGAUUUUUUCCGGCAUUGUGUCUGUUAUCAGCUAAUCUAUAUCUUAUGGUGAGACGGUGAGGUAGUUUUUCUCACAAUUUUGUUGUGGGGAAGUAGUUUAGUUUUUCAAAUUAGGGUUUGAGCUGGAUUCUGAUGGCAGCUGAGGAGUAGUUGUGAAAAGUGGUUGCUUGAUUAUCAGCCAUGGCUGUCAAUGAGCGAUAUUUUGUGGAGUGGAAGGAGCAAUAUGUGUCAAAAGAGAGGGGCAACCGCGUGGUUCACUAUUUUCUGAAAGAUAAUUCAGGGGAAUCAAUUCUUGCUGUUGUGGGCACUGAAAGGAGUGUUAGGCACAUGUUCUAUGUUGUAUCUGAUGAGUUCUUUAACGCCCAUGGGGCCGAUAACUCCGUGCAGGCCGGGUUCAGAUGGAGGUCGAGGAGGGAGGUGGUGAACUGGCUUACUUCCAUGUUAUCCAAACAACAUAGGCAAGGAGAUCGUGCGAUGUCGCCUAAAGGUAACCAUACUGCUGAAUUAAAUGCUCAGCAGACCCAGAUGCUACCUCAUAAGGGUCGCAUAGCUAGGAAUUUGAAAGGCCAUCAUUUAGACAUUUCAUGGUCAGGUUCAGCUUGGGCUUGUGGUAAACAAUUGAAGCAUUACCCAGAAUUUUGCAGGAAUGGGAUUUCAAUAUCUGUUCAAUCAUUUGUCUUUGUCAUGGCUGAGAAAGAGAAUCGCUAUAUUGCAUAUUUGGAGGAUAUGUAUGAAGACAGGAAGUGCCAGAAAAAGGUCAAAGUGAGAUGGUUCCAUCAUAAUAAGGAAGUGAAGGGAGUUGUGUCUUUACGUAAUCCUGAUCCCAAAGAAGUCUUUAUUACUCCUUAUGUACAGGUCAUCAGCGCUGAAUGCGUUGAUGGCCCGGCCAUAGUAUUAACUCGUGAACACUAUGAGAAAUGCCUGGAAGUGUUUCCACACGAUUUGUUAGGUGGACUUCAUUUCUGUUUCAGACAGUUCAAGGGUAAUAGAGUAAAGCAAUUCAAACUAAGUAAAUUACGGGGAUAUUAUGAUCAAGCAAUAUUCUCGUGCUUUAGCCCGGAUUUUUUUGAGGAAGACGAGUUUAGCUCUGAGGAUGAUGCAAAAGUGGGAUCUAAAAGGCAUAGAAGUUCCAGAGACGAUCAUAAAUCAGCAUAUGAUCUGUCAUACAAGAAAUAUGGUCUGCUGAGCAGAGAGACAAAUUUUCUCAAGCAUGUCGAUGGUCAAUUUCGGCAAAGUCUUUUUCAACAGAAUGAAAAGGUGGAGUUUCUUUGUCAAGACAGUGGUAUUCGUGGUUGCUGGUUCAGAUGCACAGUCUUAGAGAUCUCGAGGAGACAGAUAAAAAUUCUGUACGAAGAUAUUAAGGAUGAGGAUAGUUGCACCAACCUUGAGGAAUGGAUUCCUACAAAUAGAGUGGCUAAGGCUGAUAAGCUGGGGAUGCGGCAUGCUGGCCGCCCAACUGUCAGACCUGCCUAUCCUAGCAACGAGCCAAGCCCAACCUUCGGAGUUGGAGAUCCAGCUGACACGUGGUGGAGUGAUGGUUGGUGGGAAGGUGUCAUCUCUGAUGCUAGCGAUGGCGAAAAAGGAAUGUACCAGAUUUAUAUCCCAGGUGAAAAUAUGUACCUGAGUAGUGAGCUGAAGAAUUUAAGAGUUUCAAGAGAUUGGGUUGGCGAUAAGUGGGUGAAUAUCGAGCCAAAUCCAAAUAUUCUUGGCAUCAUAUCUUCAACAAGUAUCGAUACUAAGCUCUCAACAUCAUCAGUUGCUUCUAAAGAAGCCAAAUCUGAUAAUUCUCCAACCUCUGUUGACAAAGUCGUUGCCAGUAACAAACUCAGUGCAGUUGACGAAGAGAUUCAUGAGUUAGCGGGCAUGACACUGACCAACGUCCCUCUCAAAGAUGAAUGCAUGGAUGCUGAGCCGCAGCAGCGUGUAUUUGAAGCUGAAGAAAAGGAAUAUUCUAACAAUGACCAACAAGAGAAGGAGAACGCUGGUAGUGAGUUGGGUGUUGAUAACGGCAAUAUUGGAGACGACGACAAUGGAGAGAACAACUUGGUGGAAUGUGAGAUUGCUGAGCUGAAAUGUGAAGCAGAAGCGACGGAGAUGCUAACAGAGUGUUGAUGAAUAAUGUCUCAUUAGAUAUGGUAAUAGAAUUUAGAAUAGAUGUACAUCUAUGGUAGGUAUUUAAUUACUGUGUUUGUCAAGUAAUUUCUUCAUGUAUAGAAUAGAAACAAGGUCAUCCAGUCAUUCAGUACAUCCCACUUAGGAUUGGAGAUCUCUGUGGAUUAUGCGUCCUUGUGCACUCUCCUCUAUAUUAUUUAUGAAUUUCCCAUUACUUGAUCAA